AGAGGAGGAAGAGGGGGUGGAAGGGGCAGGGACCAGGGCGGGGAUGGCGAACCGGAGGUGCGCAGGCUGGGCUACAGGGCCCUGGAGGAUCUGGUCGGGAAAGAGCCGUCAGAGGUGGCCAUCACACUAUCCUCCAGCCCCGGUCUGCAGCUCCUGCUGGAGGAGCAGACUAUGAGCCACGGCCUGAUCCAGCUGCUCUGCCAGGUCCUGAGCAAGGCCGUCCGCUCCAGAACCGACCGCCGCAUCGUCCAGCACCUCGCUGGGGUGGUGAAGGACUCGGGUUUCCUUCGGGCGGUGCUCCCCCACUACGUCGUGGGGAUGAUGACGGACCACGGCCCUGCCCGCCGGGCCCAGUACCCCCAGCACUUGGACAACAUCGUCAGCCUCCUCUCGGACAUGCUCAGCAUCUUCCCCGCCAGCUCCGUGCAGGUGACCUCCAUGCUGGUGGCCCUCCUGAAGCCGGCCAUCAACGGGCUCCGGGCCUCAGGGGUGGACAUCCCGGAUCAUAUCGAGCAGAACCUGGGCAAGAUUCAGGGGCUGGUCGACCACCUUCAGGAGAAAGCCAGGGACGGGACCCUGAGGUCGGACAACUACACCUUCCUCACUCCCGAGCAGGAUGCCCCGCCCGGGGAGGGUGACUUCCGGACCAUGACCAUCUACCCCACGCCCGAGGAGAUCCACCAGGACCAGAAGCCCUUUCUGAGGCCCAACAUCACCUCCUGCAGCUACCCCAGUGUCCAGGUGUACUUGGACACCCACUUCCGGCUGCUGAGGGAGGACUUUGUGCGGCCGUUGCGCGAGGGGAUCCGCGAGCUCCUGCAAAGCUACGAGGAGGAGAGCCUGGGCCAGGUGCCGGUGAGGAGGAAACGCUUUGAUGACAUCAGGGUUUACUUCGAAACCCGUCUGCUAGUGCCGCUCUGCACCCCGACAGGGACUGCAUACAAAGUCCAGUUCGACCCAACACCUCUAAAGUUUGUGCGCUGGCAGAACUCCAAGCGGCUUCUGUACGGCUCCCUGGUCUGCAUGUCCCAGGACAACUUUGAGACCUUCCUGUUCGCCACGGUGUCGGACCGCGACCCGGCCGACCUGCAGAAGGGCCAGGUCCAGCUCAGUUUCUGCCAGGACAGCCGCCCGGCUCUGGCCGGGGUCCGGGUGUCCGACUCCUUCCUCAUGGUGGAGACCACGGCCUAUUUCGAGGCCUACCGCCACGUCCUGGAAGGCCUGCAGGAACUGGAAGUGGAAGACCUGCCCUUCCAGAGGUACAUAGUGGAGUGCCAGUCCGACGUAGCGCAUCCUGCCUACCUCACUACUGAGGACACAUACAUCUUGGAGUCUAUAGCGGCCCCUGGGUUUGCGUCUGAGUUGCAGCCCUUCAGUGUCCGGGACCCCCACGCCUGGCCCCCCAUGGAACACCUGGGCUUGGAUGAGUCGCAGAUGAGAGCCCUGAAAUUAGCGCUCACCAAGGAGUUUGUCAUAAUACAGGGACCCCCCGGCACAGGAAAGACUUACGUGGGACUGAAGAUCGCCCAGGCUCUUCUGACAAACCCUCAUGUAUGGCAGCAAGGUGAAGACCACCUGCCCAUUCUGGUCGUCUGUUACACCAAUCACGCGUUGGACCAGUUCCUCGAAGGGAUCCAUGGCUUCCUGGAGGAUGGGAUCGUAAGGGUGGGAGGCCGCAGCAACAGUGAGGUCCUGAAACGCUUCACCCUCCGGGAGCUGACGGGGGGGCCUGGGUUCCGCCGCAGCCUGCCCGGCCACCUGCGCCGCGCCCACUAUGAGAUCAGCACAGAGCUGGCCCAGGCGGAGCAGAAGAUCGUGCAGCAGGCCAGCCAGCUGGAGUGCAGCCUGAGAGGAAUCAUGCACGAGCAGUUCCUGGAGCGCUUCAUCUCCGAGGACCACUGGGACUGCCUGAGCAACCAGCCUAUGUGGGACGGGUUCGAGCACUACGGCAAAAAGCAGUCCAUGAUCCUGGAGUGGCUGGGGCUGGGCUCCUCCGAAUUCCAGAUGAGAGAUCAGCAGCCCAACGCUGAGAACGCUGAGGUUGAAGAGGAGGAGCUGGAACAGGAAGAGGAAGAGGAGCUGGUGGAGGUGGAGGAAGAGGCGGAACUGAUCCAGGCGGAGCGCAUGAUCGAAGAGGCGGAGCUUAACGGCAGGGGCGAGAGGAAGAAGAAGAGCAAAACGGACAUGGCGGUGCGGGCGCUGGAAGGGAUGAUGUUGGCGCUGAGCCUCAACCACACCGAGAGGGAUCCCGCUCCGAGCGCGGACGGCUGGCAGAUGCAGAAAGCUCAGAGGAAGAAGCUGAAGCUGCGGAUCCGCAGGGAGCUGGCUAAGAGCACGGCCAUGAGCGAGGAGGAGGAGGCCGCCCUGCACGACGUCUGGAGCCUCCCGCUGCGCGACCGCUGGAGACUCUACCGGCUGUGGCUCUGGCGCUACCAGACGGACAUGCGGGGGAAGGCGCUGCAGUCGGAGCAGGCCUACCAGGACGCGGCCGAGCGGCUGGCCGAGAUCCGGCUGCGCCAGCACCUGUGCGUCCUGCGGGACGCCCGGGUGAUCGGCAUGACGACCACCGGGGCCGCCAAGUACCGGCGGGCCCUGCAGGAGAUCCGGCCCCGCCUCGUCAUCGUGGAGGAGGCGGCCGAGGUGCUGGAGGCGCACACCAUCACCACCCUCAGCCGCGCCUGCCAGCACCUCAUCCUCAUUGGGGAUCACCAGCAGCUGCGUCCCAGCGCCACCGUGUACGAGCUGGCUAAGAACUUCAACCUGGAGGUGUCCCUGUUCGAGAGGCUGGUCACGCUCGAUUUCCCCUUCGUCAGGCUCAACUACCAGCACCGGAUGCGGCCAGAAAUCGCCCGUCUCCUGACGCCGCACAUCUACUCUGAGCUGGAGAACCACCCGUCUGUUCUGGAGUACGAAAACAUCAAGGGGGUGGCGACCAACCUGUUCUUUGUGGAGCACCAGUAUCCCGAGGAGGAGAUCCAGGAUGGGCGGAGCCACCAGAACCGGCACGAGGCCCUGUUCAUGGUGGCCCUGUGCCGCUACCUCCUGUGCCAGGACUACCAGCCGUCCCAGAUCACCAUCCUGACCACCUACACCGGCCAGCUGCACUGCCUGCGCAAGCUUCUCCCGGCUGCGCAGUUCGCCGGGGUCAAAGUUCACGUGGUGGACAAGUACCAGGGCGAGGAGAACGACAUCAUCCUCCUCUCCCUGGUCCGCAGCAACCGGGAGGGGCGGGUGGGCUUCCUCCAGAUCGCCAACCGCGUGUGCGUGGCCCUGUCCCGGGCCAAGAAGGGCCUGUACUGCGUGGGGAACCUGGAGAUGCUGGGCAGGGUGAAGCUUUGGAGCGCCAUCCUCCACACGCUGCGGGAGAAGGGCCAGGCGGGGCCCGCCCUCGCCCUGCGCUGCCAGAACCACCCGGGCACCCGGGCCCUGGUGUCGCGCGCCGAGGACUUCCGCCAGGCGCCCGAGGGGGGCUGCUCGCUCCCUUGCGAGUUCCGGCUGGACUGCGGCCACGUCUGCACCCGCGCCUGCCACCCCUACGACGCCGACCACAAGAAGUUCGAGUGCGCCAAGCCCUGCGGGAAAGUGCUGUGCGAGCUGGGCCACCGCUGCCCGGACCUGUGCUACCAGCAGUGCGACGACUGCCGCGUGCGGGUGGAGAAGGUGGUGCCCGGGUGCGGGCACAGGCAGAUGGUGCCCUGCUACAAGGACCCACUGGACUUUGUGUGCCAGGUGCCCUGCGAGAAGGUGCUGAGGUGCGGGCACCCCUGCGACAGGGUGUGCGGGGAGCUCUGCACCGCCCGCUGCGCGGUGCCCGUCUCCCGGCAACUGCGCUGCGGGCACCGGCAGGAGGACGCCUGCCACUACAGCCGCUCGCCCGCCGGCGAGCCCCCCUGCCGGACCCCCUGCGGCGCCACGCUGGCGUGCGGGCACCCGUGCCGCGGCACCUGCCACGAGUGCCACGGGGGCCUCUUCCACCGCCCGUGCGGGCGGCCGUGCGGGCGCCCGCUGGUCUGCUCGCACCCGUGCGCCGAGCCCUGCACCGCCGAGUGCCCGCCGUGCCGCCGGCCGUGCCAGAACCGCUGCGUGCACAGCGCCUGCCGCCGCUCCUGCGGGCAGCCGUGCGCCCCCUGCGCCGAGCCCUGCGCCUGGCGCUGCCCCCACCACCGCUGCGGCCGCCUCUGCCACGAGCCCUGCGACCGCCCGCCCUGCAACAGGCGCUGCGACAAGGCCCUGCCCUGCGGGCACCCCUGCAUCGGGCUCUGCGGCGAGCCCUGCCCCGACCGCUGCCGCGUCUGCCACCACGACCAGGUCACCGAGAUCUUCUUCGGCCAGGAGGACGACCCGCUGGCCUUCUUCAUCCAGCUGGAGGACUGCGGGCACAUCUUCGAGUCCACCGCCAUGGACCACUACAUGGGCGCGGCGGCGGACGGGGGCGGGGACGGGGGCGGCGACGAGCCGGCGGCCGUCCGGCUGAAGGAGUGCCCGCGCUGCCGCACCCCCGUCCGGCGGAACCUCCGCUACGGGGCCCACGUCAACCGCUGCCUGGCCGAGAUCGAGGCGGUCAAGGCCAAGGUCAACGGCUCCCCGGCCCAGGUGGAGAGGAGGCGGCGGGAGCUGCUGGAGCUCCUGCGGGGGAAGGCCCACCUGCGCCGGCACCUCCCCUUGGAGCACGCCAAGCUGCAGGAGCGGCUGAAGGAGCCGGAGCUCGGCCUCCGCGACCUGUGGGUGCUGGAGAACCGGGCGGCCUUCCUGGACGACCUCGGGGAGCGGAUGGGCGCGGCGGCGGACAUGUCCGAGGAGGACCGGCGGCGCUUCGCGGAGCGGGCCGACGACCUCCGGCGCUGGCUGACGCACCCGCAGACGCGCUUCUCCGAGCAGCAGGCGGCGGACCUGCAGGCCGAGGCGGCGAGGCUGGGCUGCCUGGCGCGCCUCAACGCGCUCUGCAAGCCGGCCGGCCGCGAGGCCCUCACUCGGCCCGAGGUGGCGGCCCUCCGGGCCACGCUGGAGGGCACCGCCCCCUUCACCCAGGACGACGAGCGGGAGGCCAGGGCGGCGCUGAAGGAGCUCGCCGAGAAGCUGCCGUGCGGCGGGCUGGGCGUGACGGAGAAGGAGCGCGUCAUGAUCGUGAGCGCCAUCGGCCUGCCCAGGGGGCACUGGUACAAGUGCCCCAACGGGCACAUCUACGCCAUCGGGGAAUGCGGGGGCGCCACGGAGCGGGGGAAGUGCCCCGAGUGCAGCCUGACCAUCGGCGGGGCCAACCACGCCCUGGAGACCGGUAACCAGGUGGCGACGGAGAUGGACGGCGCCCAGCACGCCGCCUGGUCCGACGCCGCCAACAUGCUGAACUUUGACCUCGACCGCCUGCGGCUGUGAGCCUCCGCCGACUCGGGUGAAAACCUUCGCAUCGCAGUCGAGAAAACAAUGAAACGAUUACCAAAGCGAGGAAGUAAGUCAAUAGUCAGAACAGGCUGAUUGAGUCCCAUCUCGGCUCGUUGUUUGCCCGCAAACAAAAGCUUUUUCUCUUAUCCUGUUCUGUCCGGAAUUUACGAUCUCAUUGCUUUUUUUUGUGCAAUUCUUCUUUUGAAUUUGCUUCUAAAAGCAGUAUGUCUAGAGAGACCUCCGAAGGUUUCAUACCACAGGAUAUUUAUAUCCAAUAUAUCACCAUAUAGUAAAUGGUGUCGCAUAAUGAUUCAUCUGAUUACCUCCAAAUGAAUAUUUGUGUGUUUUUUUCCGAUGCUUUCUAAUGAACUGCAACAGCGUAUAUGAACUAUUUUGAUUAAAUAAACCUCAGGAUUUAACAAAGGACACCGACACACUGGAGCUAGACUUAUUUUAUGCUAUUAUUUAAUGGAGUUGUGCCUUAAAAAUCUUUUACUGGAAUAUAAUUACAGUUAUUAUUUGUGAAUCACUGGUGAACAUUUAAUUAGAUGUAUUUUAUAAACAAAACAAAAAAGAUUUAAUGUAAACUAAUAUGCAGUAACAUUUUAAAAGCUUUUAAGUGCUGUUUACAUCUUAGUGUAAAAAGCAGUGUGAGAAGAAAACCUGAAUUCCUUGCAUGGAAAGAUUUUCUGUUGAUGUACUUAACCUUAAUACUUGAACCCAUUUGACUUUUCUGAAUAUCCAAUCACAGUGUCUGAAAAUAAUGAUGACAGUUUCACCCAUCUUCUGUAGAUCAUUCAGAGCAGCGAGGCCUUGUGACUAAGGAUGGCAAGAGAACGGUGCACUUUGCUAAUAAAAUGCUUUUAUUUUCCUCGUCA